ACCCAGAGAGAAGGGACUUUUGUCUGAAGCUUCUGUGUUCACAUAAAAAAAUGUUUCUUUUAUUUGUUCCAGAUCAACCUCCUGCCGCGAUGUCCUGCCAGCAGAGCCAGCAGCAGUGCCAGCCUCCUUCCAAGUGCCCCCCAUCGCCCAAGUGCCCCCCGAAGAGCCCAGCACAGUGCUUGCCCCCAGCCCCCACCAGCUGUCCUCCAGGCUCCGGGGGCAGCUGUGACCCCAGCUCCAGGGGGUGGGGGGGCUGCUGCCUGAGCCACCGUGGGUGCCACGGAUCCCAUGGAUGCCGGCGCCACAGCUCCAGCUCCUGUGAUGGUGGCAGUGGGCUGCAGUCCGGGGGCUCCGGGUGUGGCCAUGGCUCUGUGGGUGGUUGCUGACUUGGGAUCCUGAUGCUGAGACAAGAGCUCCUAGAGGAAAUGGGAAUCCAAAAGGCCAGAAAAAGCCAUCCUUCCCACCCCAUGAGGACGCAGCCUUUCCUGCACCCCCCAUUUUCUCUUUGUCAGGCUGAGCUGGGGUUGUCCCUGGGGAGGGUCCCAGCUCUCCCUGCCUGGUCCAGGGUGGCACAGCCCCUUCCCUGCUGCACCUGCCAGUGAUUGUCAGCACCU